GUGUAGUGCGCGGCGGUGCAGCGCGGAGGGGUUUGGUGUAGAGGGUUUAGAGGAAGAAGAGAAUAAGAGUGUAUGAGAAUCUCUCGAAGAGAGUAGGAGAGAGGUAGAGAGAAGCCGACAGAGGAACAAUACAGUCGCGGGCACUACUCCAAUCCAACUGAUGUCUUUCAUUAAUCUGUCUUUUAUUAAGUAGACAGCCCAAGUGAUUUACCCUACUUUAGAAGAGACAUUCAUCGAGUAAUUUUAUUUGAGAGACGAUAACGAAGACGACGAUACCGUGACAACGUUGAGAGGUGAGUGUCGCAUUAUGCGGCUGUGUGUGCGUUGAACACAAGGAGAAAGUUUUCAAUCAGACCUUUCGGACGGAAUCGUUCAGAAUUUCUACCGUAUUGCGCGCCGCAGCCGCUGCUGCCACCGCAGCCGACACGAUCGCCACUGCAGUCGUCAACGUAUAGUUUCGCGCGCUCUUCGAGCGACGAGCUGUUCUGUUUGUGCCGCUGUUGGCCUUCGGCGACGCUUCUUCAAGUCCAGCUCAUACACCUUCAGUAUUACCGUUUUUUCUGUUAAUAUAAAACAAAGAGAAGACCUUCGCAGUAAGGUGGAAGGAAGAGCGCGAGACAAGUUUUUUUGUUAGAUGGGUAGCACUAGUCAGUUGUACAGUCUGUCCUGGGGCGAAUUUGGUUCGUCACUAGCUUCUGCAGUGCAACUGCUUCGAGGACACGGUGAUUUAGUAGAUGUUACUUUAGCAGCCGGAGGUCGUAGUUUUUCAGCACAUAAAAUUGUUCUCUCUGCAGCAAGUCCAUUUCUUCUAGAUUUGUUAAAGAGCACACCAUGUCAGCAUCCAGUUGUAAUGUUAGCAGGUAUUGGAGCAGAUGAUUUAGAGUCAAUUUUGGAAUUUGUUUAUAGAGGAGAAGUCAGUGUGGAGCCUUCACAGUUGCCUUCGUUACUACAGGCAGCACACUGCCUCAGCAUACAUGGUUUGACACCACCAACUAUUCUAACUGAGAAAGGAGAAGAGGUUCCAGUUUCUACAAUUCCAGGGUGUAACGAAACUAGUAUAUCUAGGGACACAAUGAAUUCCUAUCUUCCUCAACGUCGAAGAAAAAAGAAAAGAAAAUUGUCUAGUGGAGCUGGUAAAUGGCCAAAAAUAGGCUAUCAUUCCUCUCUUGAAACUAGGUCAUUAGAUGAACACUCAGAAGAAAAUAGAUCUGUAGAUUUUGGUCAUAAAGAUGGAGAUGAUGGAAGUCAUCUUGAUGAUGAAGGAGAUUGGAAUUCUAAAUCCAGAACUUUGUCAGAUCAACCAGCAACUUGCCCAUUAUGUGGUGCAAUAAUAAGACAGUCUAGAAACUUAAGAAGACAUUUGGAAUUAUUACAUUUUGGAAUUGGUUCUGGAUGUAAGUCUUCAUCAGGAAUACGAAUUAAAAGAGAUAAACCUGAAAAGGGCUUAUUUUCUAAAUCACCAACAUAUUCUAGAGUUUCACUACCAUUAAAAGAUAAUGUAAAUUCAAAAUCCGAUGCUACAGAUUAUUCUACAAUACCUUCCUUAAAUUUGAGUUCAGCAGCUAGUUCCAAUACAUCUAAUCUUAGUAUUCCAGGUUCUUUUAUGCUAUCAGGAUCUAGUGCUUUGGGUUCUAAUGAUCAUGGACAUCAUCAUGGUCAUGUUCACACACAUAGCCAUAAUAACAAUCCUGCACAUUUGAUUCCUUCAGUUUCUUGUCCACCUUCCUCCUCAAUGGCUCCACCUAACAAUGGAAUAUAUUCAUCUGAUAGUGCUAGUAUGUUGAGUUGUUUACUUCCGACACUUCCAUCAUUACCAACCUUAUCGUCACAGCACGAUAUGUUUCGCCACACAGAAUUUCUUCGGGCAAAUAUGGGAUAUUCACAGGAUCCAUCAAGACAGCAACAUACUAGUAGACAUUUACAACGAACAGACGUUACAUGAGCUCUCAAAUACACCUGAUAUUGAACAGAAGUUUAUUUCUGAUCCAUUGUACUUUAUUGAAGAUAAAAAAUUGUUUUUAA